CCUUCCCUUCUCUUCCUGCUCAAAUUUCCAAACAGUCGACAGACCGGUGGCACCUGCAGGCUGCAGCGAAGCCAAAUCAUGGGUUAUUCCUGCUGAAUUUUCCACAAAGCUCAAUCAGUGCAGCUUUCAGCUCAGAUUUGUGAUUCUCUCUCUCUCUCUCUCUCUCUCUCUCUCUCUCUCUCUCUCCCCCUCUCCUUCUCCCUCUCUCUGCAUACAAACAGGUGUAGCAGCAGCAGCAGAGAGGGAUUUUGGUGUGUCUGACUCCUCUGGCUAUGGAGAGUUCCCAUUCCCAAGAUGACCGUGAGCCAGCCCCUCCGGGCGUCGACUCCUUUCCACAAUAUUCCAACUCAACCCAUCACUUUACUUCCCACUGCCAGACUUUCACCCCACACCCACACCAACAGCCGCAGGGUGCGUUUUGGGCUCAAGAUUCUACUGCAAACUCCGCGUUGGAUAUCGAAAACGCUAGCCAAAUUGAUGUGUCAUUGCAUCAACAAGAAAUUUCUACUCAAAAUGUCAUACGUAUUCAGAGAGAAGCAAGAGGCGUGAGUCUGUCUUCUAAGGAUGGUUUAGACGUCUUCUCCCAACGCCUUGACCCUAAUGCUCUAAAGGAGAAUCUACUGAAGAUGACCACGCAACAUCGUGCUCAAAUGGCUUCAAAACGUGGCAAGUCUUCCGUUCCUGGAGAAGGUAACAUAGAAAUUGGUAAUGGCUAUGGUGUACCAGGAGGAGGUGCUUAUUAUGGUGCUCCAGGACCUAAUGUAACUGCACCUAGAAAUCUGGGAGUUGGAAAUAGUGAGAUGGAUCAGAAGAAUAUUGAAUCUGAUAAAGAGUUAAAACAGAAGCCUCCGGUUAAAGAAUUGUCAGAGUAUCUGAAGCAAAAGUUGAGGGAUAGAGGUAUUCUUAAAGAUGAUUCAAAUAAUGGCAAUAUUAAGUUGGAAAGGAGCUCAGCUCAACAAAUGGAAUGCAGGAAAUUACCUUCUGGUUGGGUGGAGGCAACAGAUCCUGCAAGUGGUGCUUUGUAUUAUUAUAACGAGACCACAGGCAAGACUCAAUGGGAAAAGCCUGCUCAGACAUCUUCUGUUACACCACUUCAGUCGCCUUUAUCUCUUGCAGAAUAUUGGGUGGAGGCUUUGGAUGAAACAACAGGUCACAAGUAUUACUACAAUACAAAGACACAAGUAUCGCAAUGGAAACACCCUGGGUCAUCAGAGCAGAUUGCAUCCCAACAUUUUGAGAGUAUGGUUUCUGGAAACCCUGCUAAUGUUUAUUGGGAUGGCCAAUCAACUGAGGUACAAGCAGGAAAGGAUGAGUCGUCCACACUAAAGAAAUGCCUGAGUUGCGGUGGAUGGGGAGUAGGACUUGUUCAGAUGUGGGGCUACUGCAAUCAUUGUACAAGAGUUCUUGAUCUUCCACAAAGCCAGUACAUGAUGACUAGUUUGGGUAAUUAUCAGCAGACCCAAAAUCCUGUAGAUACAAAGGGAGAUUCAGACAGAAAGGCUCCCACGCAGAGGUGUAAUUGGAAACCUCCAAUGGCAAAAGGAAAUAGAAAGGAUAGUAAGAAACGGGCUUACGAUGAGGAUGAUGAAUUGGAUCCAAUGGACCCCAGCGCAUAUUCAGAUGCUCCUCGUGGUGGCUGGGUAGUAGGCCUCAAAGGAGUGCAGCCACGAGCAGCUGAUACCACUGCCACAGGUCCCCUUUUUCAACAGCGGCCUUACCCAUCACCAGGUGCUGUCUUGAGAAAAAAUGCUGAAAUUGCUUCGCAGACCAAGAAACCAAGCUCGCAAUUUGCACCUAUAUCCAAAAGAGGGGACGGCAGUGAUGGACUUGGCGAUGCUGACUGAGAAUUUGAUCGAGUUUGGUCUGUUUUGUGUAUCACAAGAGGCGUGCUGGGUGCGUAUAUCAUGCAUUCAGUUAGUUUCUGAUCAAAUUUAGAUAUACUUGUAUCUACAGCAGCAGACGAACCAUUGAUUUAAGAGUUGUGUAUUUAGCAUCUGGCUGCUGCUAUACAAUGGGUUUCAUAACUAAACUGUGACAAGACGUUAGAGUAAUGAAACCCGGCGUUGAUUGCAAGGCCGGAUGUUUCUUUUUUCUUGCAUUUACCAUUCAUGGUAUGUAGGCUUUCCCAAUUCAUUUUCAAAGGGCUUCCUCUGAUCUCAAUUAGUAUGAAAAUGUGGAGUGCUGGUGCUAGAUCCUUUUAUGUCUUGAGGAGGUUGAGCACGUUUUUGUGUUGGAUCCUUGUACCUCUAGCUGUAAAUUAACUUAUUAAUAGUUGUUAGUUGACUUCGUA